UUUGUUUGUGUGUUAGCGGAAGGGAGGAGGGCCCCACCACAGACAGCGUGGCUGCAUUGCCGCAGCAAGACAACUCGUCCAGUCGACCAGCAGCUCCAGCUGCUCGUCACAUCCUCAGGUUGAGCCCCCCCUCUCUCGGACCACAUAUACCCGCCUGUACACCUGGAAACAUCUCACAACCCCACGACGCUAGAGGGAUUUAUUUUUUUAUUUUUUUUUGUAUUAUUAUUAUCGGCGUGGAAGCUGCAUGUCACGGACAGCUGGUGGAGAUAAACAAGCUUUCUUUCUGUCGCCCAGCCGGCGCCGGGAGCCGAGGACCGGCCGAGAGGGAGCCGAGGACCGGCCGAGAGGGAGCCGAGGACCGGCCGAGAGGGAGCCGACGACCGGCCGAGAGGGAGCCGAGGACCGGCCGAGAGGGAGCCGGAGGGGGCCGGCUGGCUGCGGGGAUAGCUAACUAGCCUGGGAGAGCAUCCUCCAACACUUCACGGUGUUGAUGGAGGAUGACAGCGCUAGCCGUUAGCUAGGGAGUAAGAGAGCUAACGAUGUUAAAGAGAUGUUGUUUCAGAUCAGCUGUGGUUAGAGAGAUUGUCAGCUGAUCAUCUAACGUUGUGCUCUGCAGCUUAACUGUGUGACUGAGCUGGGAGACAGAGAGGAAGAUGCCUCCCAGGCCGUCCUCAGGGGAGCUAUGGGGCAUCCACUUGAUGCCUCCCAGGAUCCUGGUGGACUGCCUGCUUCCCAAUGGGAUGAUUCUGACCCUGGAGUGUCUCCGUGAGGCCACGCUCAUCACCAUCAAACAUGAGCUGUUCAAGGAAGCCAGGAAAUAUCCCCUCCAUCAUCUCCUACAGGAGGAGACGUCGUACAUCUUUGUCAGUGUUACACAGGAAGCAGAGCGGGAGGAGUUCUACGAUGAGACCCGUAGGCUGUGUGACCUCCGCCUCUUCCAGCCUUUCCUCAAGGUCAUUGAACCAGUUGGCAACAGAGAGGAAAAAAUCCUCAACAGAGAGAUUGGUUUUGCCAUUGGUAUGCCUGUGUGUGAGUUUGACCUCGUGAAGGACCCCGAGGUUCAGGACUUCAGGAGAAACAUCCUGAAUGUUUGUAAAGACUCUGUGGAGCUGAGAGACGCCAGCGGGCCCCACAGUAGAGCGCUGUAUGUUUACCCACCCAAUGUAGAAUCCACACAGGAACUUCCUAAACACAUCUAUAGCAAACUGGACAAAGGUCAGAUUAUUGUUGUGAUUUGGGUGAUUGUUUCUCCGAACAAUGACAAACAGAAGUAUACAUUGAAGAUCAACCACGACUGUGUGCCGGAACAGGUGAUUGCAGAAGCCAUUCGGAAGAAGACUCGCAGCAUGCUGCUGUCCCCAGAGCAGCUCAAGAUGUGUGUUCAGGAAUAUCAGGGUAAAUACAUCCUGAAAGUUUGUGGCUGCGAUGAGUACCUACUGGAAAAGUACCCCAUCAGCCAGUAUAAGUAUAUCCGUAGUUGCAUCAUGCUGGGCAGGAUGCCUAACCUGAUGCUAAUGGCUAAGGACAGCUUGUACACCCAGUUGCCUACAGAUAACUUCGUCAUGCCGUCAUACUCUCGCCGCAUCUCCACGGCAACGUCCUAUAUGAAUGGCGAGGCUGCUGCCAAGUCGCUGUGGACCAUCAACGGGACCCUGCGAAUACGAAUCCUCUGUGCCACCUAUGUUAAUGUCAAUAUACGGGACAUAGACAAGAUAUAUGUGAGAACAGGGAUUUACCAUGGAGGUGAACAGAUGUGUGACAAUGUCAACACACAGAGAGUACCCUGCUCUAACCCCAGGUGGAAUGAGUGGCUCACGUAUGAUAUGUACAUCCCAGACAUCCCCCGUGCUGCCAGACUCUGCCUCUCCAUCUGCUCUGUCAAGGGCAGGAAGGGAGCCAAGGAGGAGCACUGUCCACUAGCUUGGGGUAAUAUCAACUUGUUUGACUACACUCACACUCUGGUGGCUAACAAGAUGGCUCUGAACCUCUGGCCUGUCCCUCAUGGCCUGGAAGACCUCCUCAACGCCAUAGGAGUCACUGGAUCCAACCCUAAUAAGGAAACCCCAUGUCUGGAGCUGGAGUUUGACCACUUUAGUAGUCCAGUCAAGUACCCAGAUAUGAAUGCAAUAGAGGAUCAUGCCAACUGGACCAUCUCGAGGGAACUGGGGUUUAAUUUCAACCUCUCUGGACAGAGCAAACGUGUGGCCAGAGAUCACGCCCUGACAGAAAGCGACACCGAGCAGCUGAGACAGCUCAGUAACAGAGACCCUCUUUCAGAAAUCACUGAGCAGGAGAAAGACUUCCUCUGGAGACACAGGCACUACUGCAUGAACAUCCCUGAGAUCCUUCCCAAGAUCCUUCUCGCUGUCAAAUGGAACUCCAGAGAUGAAGUAGCACAGAUGUACUGUCUGUUGAAGGAAUGGCCGUCUAUCCGUCCUGAGCAGGCCAUGGAGCUGUUGGACUGUAAUUAUCCAGACCCCAUGGUCCGGCACUUUGCUGUACGCUGCCUUGACAAAUACCUGACUGAUGACAAACUUUCCCAGUACCUCAUUCAGCUCGUACAGGUAUUAAAAUAUGAGCAGUAUCUUGACAAUCCUCUGGCCCGUUUUCUCCUUAAAAAGGCCCUGACCAAUCAAAGGAUAGGACAUUUCUUCUUCUGGCAUCUCAAGUCAGAAAUGCACAAUAAAACAGUGAGCCAGAGGUUUGGGCUGCUGUUAGAGGCUUACUGCAGGGCUUGUGGCAUGUACCUCAAACACCUGAGCAGGCAGGUAGAAGCCAUGGAGAAGCUCAUUAACCUCACUGACAUCCUUAAACAGGAGAAGAAGGAUGAGACGCAGAAGGUCCAGAUGCGGUUCCUUGUGGACCAGAUGAAGAGACCGGACUACAUGGAUGCUCUGCAGAACUUCACCUCCCCUCUCAACCCUGCACACCAACUGGGAAAUCUGAGGCUAGAUGAAUGCAGGAUCAUGUCAUCGGCUAAGAGACCGUUGUGGCUCAACUGGGAGAAUCCUGACAUCAUGUCCGAGCUGCUCUUUCAGAACAAUGAGAUCAUCUUCAAAAACGGAGAUGACCUGCGGCAGGAUAUGCUGACGUUGCAGAUUAUUAAAAUCAUGGAGAAUAUUUGGCAGAAUCAGGGACUGGACCUACGGAUGCUUCCCUAUGGCUGUCUGUCAUUAGGAGACUGUGUGGGUCUCAUUGAAGUGGUUCGCAGCUCCCACACCAUCAUGCAGAUUCAGUGUAAAGGAGGCUUGAAAGGAGCCCUGCAGUUCAACUCAAACACUCUGCAUCAGUGGCUCAAGGACAAGAACAAGGGCGAGAUGUAUGACAUGGCUGUGGAUCUGUUUACAAGGUCCUGUGCUGGCUACUGUGUAGCUACAUUUAUCCUCGGGAUAGGAGACAGGCACAACAGCAACAUUAUGGUCAAAGAUGAUGGACAGCUGUUUCAUAUAGAUUUUGGCCAUUUCCUGGAUCAUAAGAAGAAGAAAUUUGGCUACAAAAGAGAGCGAGUGCCCUUUGUACUGACGCAAGACUUCCUCAUCGUCAUCAGCAAGGGAUCCCAGGAGUGUGCGAAGACCAAAGAGUUCGAGAGGUUCCAGGAGAUGUGUUAUAAAGCCUACCUGGCCAUCCGGCAGCAUGCUAACCUCUUCAUCAACCUGUUCUCCAUGAUGCUGGGCUCUGGCAUGCCUGAGCUGCAGUCAUUUGAUGACAUUGCCUACAUUAGGAAGACGCUGGCCCUGGAGAAAAGCGAACAGGAGGCUUUGGACUACUUCAUGAAACAGAUGAACGACGCUCACCAUGGAGGAUGGACCACCAAGAUGGACUGGAUAUUCCACACGAUUAGACAGCAUGCACUAAACUGAUCUAUCACCAGUCCCAUCGUGGAGUGUUCGCCUCCGUCAGCCAGCUGUUCAAGCUCGAAUCACGCAUCAGUCUUUCAAGGAAUUUCAGUUCUUCAUUACAGCUGACACCACGAACAACUCACUGAUGAUGGAAGUUUGAUUUAUCUUUUAAACACCAGCAUCAUUUCUGUUUAUUUAAACGAGGUUCUUCUUCUGCAUUAUCUUGCCAUUAUCAUCUUCCUUUUAUGUGUGGUCCCGAUGAAGUCGUCACACUUAACCCCUCUGCUUGUUCUGCGUCUACACAACAGUCCUCACGGCCUGGUGAAGAUGUGCCCUACCUGGCGAUGCUUGUGUCCUUGGCUACUGUACGUCCGCUGGGUAACCAAGGAAAUUUCACUCCUUACCCAGCUGCUCUUGCAGGAAAAAACACAAAAGUGGACAAAUCAACAUAAAGAAUAUGUACCUGACAGUCUAUAAAUGUAGCCACAAAGUAAGUUCAACUUGCUGCCCUUCUGCUGUAUUAGUGCUGCACUGUGGCUCCAUCCCAGAAAGGAGGUGCUUGGGAAACUCCUUCUUAUUUUUUUUUAUCUCAUUGCUGAGGAGAUAGCGGGCACAAGGAACUGUCUAAAUUAUCUUACAUAAUAUAAGUGUUACUCAGAUUUGUUUGCGUACAGUGCAGGAUUACUGGAGUGUGUGGGCUUCUAUGAUGACUACCACUGCACAGUCUUGUCCUUCUCAGCUGAUUUGGUGUCAGCUUUCAACUGUUUCUGAGGAAAUUUCAAAGCUCAAAAAACUGCAGAAAAGUCUCUGGGUUGUUUUGCACAGCUCUACAGUCUCUCUCACGGCCUCAAUGAAAAAGCACUCCGCCAUUUGGGAACAUUUGUUGGUGGUGCUGCUCUAGACUCUUGCAUAAACUUCAGGGUGAUGAUGCCUCUCCAUCUAAAAAAAAAAAAAAAAACAGCACUUAGAAAUACCAGAAUAAUAUACAGAUUUAUUAUGACUUUUUAAAUUUAUUUAUGUAUCUAGUUUCUUUCAGUUUCUACACAGGCAAAACCCUAACUCGACUCUCCAGAAACACGCCACAUUCUCUGUGUAAAUAUAUUUGAUUUUUUUUGUAUUUGUGUUUGCUUCCUUCCUCUGACCACGAGUGCAACAGCUUUCCCCUUAUUUUGUCACGUUUUGCUCUUAUUCAUGAAGGAAGACUGCUGAUUACUUUUUUAUUUUUUUCCUCGCCUCUGUCACUUUUAAGUUAAACAUCUCAUUUGACUUUAUCGGCAGUUAUUGUGGCCCUAUGUGGAAUUUUAAAGACUAAUUUGUUUGGGAAUGCAAAAUGGCAAGGGUCAAAGUGCCAGUCUCACAUUUUAUGAAUAAUGGGACCUAUUUUAAGCCUCUGGCUCACUGUUUUGACGGUGAGCAGAGGCCCAGGGGAAUGUCACGUCUUCCUGUUGAUAAAAUGCCUUGGCGUCACAGCACAACACUCCACAACACUGUUAAGCCUCUGCCUAACAAAAAAAGUUGGAUUAAGCAAACAAUCAGCACUAUUAACAUGAAAAGCAUGUUAGCUUUGACCUUCUUUGUGUAUUUUUUGUAUUUUUAACCAUGUUAGGUUGGUGGUAUUUAGCAUGUGCCCCAUUAGAAUGUCUUGGAUAGAUAGAUUCAUGGACAAAGUGCAUUUUAACUUGUGUUUAUCGCACAUUUGGUGGAUAUUGGUAUUGUUUUACUGAGCCCAUAACCCUGGCAGCAUUUGAGCUAUGCUUUAUGUUGCCAGGCACCAUUAAAGCCAUGCUCUACACCUUUUUAAAAAGUCACAGAGGAAUGACAGUUACAGUGUUUUUAGUGAAUCAAGUGAAACAGCGCACGUGGGUGGGAUUUAGUAACGGGGAUGAUUUUAACAGAUUGCUCAGAAGUGGGCAGGGCUUUGCAGAUACAGAGUGAUUAUUUUCUCCACCCUCUCCUGCUUUGUUUGGUCCUAAGGAUUAGACCUCAGCUACAUUCUUUGGACAAACACCUCUGCUAGCUACAAUGAGCCACGAGCUACCAGCCAUGUGCUGUUUUUUUAUGAAGGGCGGGGAUAUCUAAUCAUCUCAAUCAGUUUCAUUUUUAUUAAUCAGUUCUUCCAGGAUUUUGCUGAUAUUGCAAUCUAAAAUGCCUGAUUUCAUGGCAGCUUUUCUUAAAUAAAAUUGCGAGGCAUGUUGUAUUUUUUGCCAUGAAAUUGAGUGAGAAAGUAAAAAAUUGCUUUACUUAUAAUUAAUUUAAAAUGUAAGGCAACUUGUUAUGACUAGUUGUUUGAUGAUGAAUGGCUCUGUGUGUAGAGGAAUGACAAAAUUGCAGUUGUUGAGAUGGUGACAUCCUGGAGGGACUGAUUAAUUUGUGUAUGCGCCUCCGAGUUGAAGACGAUUCAUCGAAGUUAUUGGAAUGUUUUAGAGAAAAGAAGAAAGAGAAAAUAUUUUGAUAUGUAAUACUAUAAUAUGUUUGUCUCACUGUGUCUUUAAAAGACACCAAAGCUGGCUGGUCUCCGGAGAUAUUGAGUCAUUUUGGAAUUUUCUCUAAAGUUAUUGUUAAAACAGGUAUUUUUAAUGAUGAACACAGACGGCUUCGUCAGUUGAAUUGAGAAAUUCUUGCACUGUGUGCUUUGUUGAGGACAGAAUGUAGUACUUCACGAGCCCUCACAAUGUAGCUUGAAAGACAUUUGGAUGUGUGCAUAGCUAAAUUAUUAUCUUUAUAACCCUUCAGUAUAAAGCUCAAUCUGCCAGCGGAAGAAGAAUAAAAUCUGCACUUUGCCAGUUCAACUGUUGAUUGUAUAGAAAAGCCAAAGUUGUGGUCUGUUCUGAUGUGGCGCACGUGUGUGAGCUCCUAUUAUUGGAGCAUUAAUGGCUGGAAUGUAUUUAAUUGCUAACUGACCUUACGUGCACUCAUUUUUUUUUAUGGUUUUGCAUCUUCAUGUUUCCUUUCUCAUGUUGGGAUGCAGUGCCACUAAACACACAGUAGGUUAUCAGCAGAGAGCUCUCCUGUCCUUCACUGUUGCUUCUUUUCCUUAAUGUGCCAAAUCAGGCAUCGCCAAUGCCUGUGAAAGCUAAUGCUGGUGCAAGUGCAUCAUGCAGUCAGGCAUAUCAGUUACAAACUUUGAAAAGU